UUUGACAGCUCCAAAUCAGCUGCAAUCUCCAAAAAAGCAAGGUCGAAAUAAUUGGAGAUAAAUGCAAAAUUAAUCACUCAUAUACGAGAAAAUGAUAUAUUAUCAGUAGUAUAAAGAUAAAUAAACAUACCAAACGACUUAUCGGCAUCGCAAAACUUACUGUUCAAGAACAAGAAGAAUUCAAUUUAGUUCAUUCAUUGACUUGGUAUCGUGUGCACGUAACCCGAUUCUCGUGUGUGAUAAGAAAUUUAUUAUUUAUUUACAAUCGAUAUAAGGAUAAGUGUGUAAUAUGUCAGUGCUAAAUAACUUUACAGUGUCAAUAGCAAAGGGGAUAAGGCGCCUCCGUCAGAACAAGGAGCUAUGCGACCGGAUGUCCGGCCGACGGCAGCACGGCGGCAGCGAGCCUCGGCUGAAGCUGGACAAGUGCCUCAUAGUCUCCAAGGUCACCAGAUACGAAUACGAAAAACACAGCCACGACAACAUCCCGGAUGCAGAACUGGAGAAGAUAUUAAGGAAGCGAGGCUCAGACUACGACUCCAUGAUCUCCAACCACAGAGAGCAGAAGUCCUUUGAAGAAGGCGUCGCUAAGAGUCUCAAGGAAAUGGGAUUGCAAGUUGAAAUGGCUAGCAGGUUAACAUACAAUGACAAGCUGAUAAACUGGUGCGACGUGGUGCUACCGUGCGGAGGUGAUGGCACAUUUCUGCUCGCCGCGUCGAGGGUCCGAGACGCUAACAAGCCAGUGAUAGGGUUCAACAGUGCGCCGCACAAGUCCGUCGGGCGGCUUUGUCUGCCCACGUGGUGUUCUAACGAUGUCAAGGGCGCGCUGACGGCUUUGAAGGAGGGCAGGUUCCGUUGGAUGCGUCGCUCCAGAAUACGCACGACGAUCACAUGCGAACCCAAACUGCUGGACACCAUCACACCAGUUGACUUGCACACCUUACACUAUUGCAGAUAUCCCCCAGUAAGAAAUCCACUCGACAGUCCGGAGAGAGUGACAAAUCCUGGCAGCUUCAAUACGGACGACACUAACUCCGAUAUGGCGACUAAAGUUUUACCGUUUUUGGCUUUAAAUGAGGUAUUCAUAGGCGAGAGUGUAACAUCCCGCGUGUCUCUGCUGCGGCUGCAGAUCGACAACGGCAAGUGGACACACACAAAGAGCUCCGGCCUGUGUGUGACCACCGGCACUGGCAGCACUUCAUGGCAUUACAGUAUUAACUGUCUCCGAACACACUCAGUCCUGGAGCUGAUGAAGAUCCUGGGGGAAGACUACAACAUGAAGAUGGACACCACGCUUGAGAAGGCGAGGGAAGUGGCCGAGCGAUACAACCAGAAGCUGAUGUUCCCUGCAGAUUCGGAGUACUUGGCGUAUUCAGUGCGUGAAUACAUAACGUUCGAGGAGUGGCCCACGCCGCGCGGACUGCGCGUGCGCGACCGCGCCGGCGCCGUCAGAGUGCGCUCGCAUUGUACGGACGCCGGUUUAGUGGUAGACGGCAGCGUGUCGUUUCCCUUCAACGACGGUACGGAGGCGUUGCUAGAGAUACACCCUGAAGACUCCUUGAUGACUGUGCAGAUGGAGGACGCUUUGCCUUAUUAAAUUGUAUAUAAAUACUGAAAUAGAAAAAUUUCGAACCCAUUUUGGGUUCUUAAUCAAGAGCCUGAUCGGUUAAAGCUCGUUUAUAUUGUGGCGUGAGGGUAUGAUGAAAAAAACUCAAAAUAGUUUAAAAUAUGCCUUAUAUUGCCUUAAAUAAAUGUUUUAAAUAAUUAUUUAACGACCUCAGUGACCUUGUCUGUUGUAUUGAAUUAUUUACAAUUGGGAUCAAGUUAGCAAUGUAUACUUUCUUAAUUAAUUGCGGCAGGAGCAUGUAUAUAUUACCGUUAAAUUGUAAAAUAUGUUACUUUAUAAUUUCACUCGUGAUAUUAUAAUCUGCCGUCAUAUUGUGAACUGAAAAUACUGAUUACAAUUUAACGUGUUAUUUUUCGGUAUGGUGACAGACUGACAGACAGACACGUUAAACUUAUAACACCUUAUACUUAUCUUAUCACACUUUUUACGUCGAGGGUUAAAAACAUCACAGCACAUUAACAAAGCCCUUACAUAAUUGGAAAUUAUGACGUUAAUUAAAAAUAUGACACAUGUUAUUUCUUAGUGUUUGAAAAAAGAACUUAAUUGCCUUAAAUUUAGAGUUGAAACUUGAAAGUUGUAUAUUCUUUAAAACUACUUAUUAUUUUCUCAGUACAACUGUGACCCAGUGAGGAAAAGAGAGUGGACCUGUAUAUAUGGACACACUUGUGCAUUUUACUGCGUACUUAUAUUUAAGUCACGUAGUAGAUCCUAUAGAUUUUUUUUUAAAUAUAAAAUUGUAUGGACUGUUGUAUUCUCAGACCAAUUAUUGUAUAGGACCUGCCUCGCUUGAUGUUACUUUUCUGUCAAAGUAAAUGAUCAACGAUCUAAUGGGAUUAUAAAAACUGUCUCUAUAGUAUCGAUGUUAAAUAGUUGUAAUCGUGUUUGUCGGUUAAAGAGCUCCGUAAAAAUACCUUUCUGUGUAAUUAAGUGGUGUGAAAAACGGACAAAAACUUCUAGUUUUGUAUAAGAUAUAUACCAAAUCUAAGCUCGGUUUCCUCAGAAAAUGACAGACAAUUUUGUUCGUGACUAUGAGUGCGAUACAGGUCCUUCUAUAAUUGGUCUGAGGUUGUAUUAUAUUGUAUGGACGUGUUUAGCAUAGACUAAGACUGAAUUUUGUAAUAUUUUUCUUUAUUUAUCCUAUUGCAAUUUUCUAUGUGAUAUAGUUUCCUUAUUUUUAAUUUUUUAAGAUAAUUAUUUUAAUUAUUUUGUACGCAACGUCAGUGUUGUUGGAAAUUAUUUAUAUUGUAUUGUUUAUUUAUGUACUUAAGUAUAGUUGUAAGCAUACGUGUGUAAAAAUAGAUUAAUUUUGGUGUAUGCGAUUUAAAGCAGCUUUGACGCAGCAAACUGACGACGUUUACCUGACGAGUGGCAUUUUUUUAUUUAAUUGAUAGGGUAAUUAAAUAAUUUUAUUAACAUAAACAUGAACUUCAAGGAUGUAUUUCAGUUAUUUUUAUUUUAACAUAAAAUGACUAAACCGAUUUCAAUAAAAAUACAAAAAAAAUAUUUUUAUAAAUUUAUUAAUAAAUGAUGAUAACAGAUGUUAAUAACAGAACAACAGAUUAAAAAUAAAGAACGAAGUCAGACGCGGCGGAAGAUUUUGUUUUAUAUUUAUGGAAGACAAUAAUUGUAAUCAAUUUUCUCAUUGGCAGUUUUUAAUGCAUAAAUCCUUUGUCGUAUUAUUUCUCGUGUUAAUUGAUUUUCGAUAUUUUUAAUCUUAAAUAUGAUACAAUAUAUCGUUUCCCGUCCACCUAACUUUCAAUUUGGCAGGCAAUAGUUCAACAAGCAGGGUUGUAACCCUGACCUUUUCCUGAAGAUGUCAAUAUUAGUCAAUAGAACUAACAUAAUAUGUUUUCACCGCACCUCGUCAGUGAGCGCUGUAUUUUACGUAUAAUCCUUAUAGUGUUUAAAUCCUUUGUUGUCACCAUUUAAUAUUGUUAAAGAAUUAUUUGGUUUCUUGUCCAGUUUGUCGACCAAUUACUAGAUCAUUAUGCUCCUAUGUUGUACACAAAUCUCUAAACAUAACGUAAAGGCCCUCUUUCACAAUUAUUGUCAAUGGAAUAAGACAAAACUAUUAGACUUGUUUCAGUUCGCGACCAGCCUCUUAGGUAUAUGAGCAUUGGAGGUGUAGAGGCGUCACCGAAGAGUAAGAUAGGCCGCAAAAGAAAUCGGAUUUUCCGAGGUUUUAGCUGUUUCUUAGGGUCUUCAAGGUGAAGCUGUUUCUACCUAACUAAAAUAGCUAUUUAUAUCUUUAACUAGCUAUUUCGGAUGCAGCUAACUUUUGGUUGUUUUAUAGAUAGCAAAAAUGUAUUAAAAAGGCCAGAUACCGUCUCCUGAACCAAACAGUGAUGCAACUGGGAGUUUUAUCGAGUUCAGAAUCUGUUAUCGCCAUUCAUGCAAUGCUUAAAUAUCGAUUUUGAAAGAAAUCGGUGCAGGAAUAAGAAAUUUAAAAACGGCGACCUUUUUUUAAUUUUACUUCAGAAUCUGUUCUCGCCAUUUAUGCAAUGCCCAAAUAUCAAUUUUGAACGAAAUCGGUGCAGAUUAGAAUUUUCAAAUUUUUUUUUUUAAUAAUAACUUACCUGCAUGUCAAACACAGACAAAUCGUUAAAUAGCCUCAUACAUGGGUACCUACAUAAAAUAUUGAAUGGUUAUUUCUGUAUUGUAUGUAUGUAUGCCAAUUUACUGUAAACUGCAAGAGCUUCGUUCCAAUAAAAAGGCAAGUCUUAAUCCAUAAGACCUGAGUCUAAACUACGACUACAAAACAUUAAGCCCUAAAAUAGGACUCGAGUCUAAAAAGGCUUGAGCUUUAUUUACGACUCGAGUCUUUUUAAAAGGCUUUCCAAUCGCCGAGCUCUAAAAAACACUGAGUCCUAAAGAUCAGGGCUAAAAGGCAAGAUGUUUAAAGGCAAGAUACCGUCUGCCUAUUUUAUAAGUCUAUAAUGGAAAGCUUCUAAAUGUCAUUCCCAGCUUAAGUCAAUUUUAAUUUAUAUUUUCUAAAUUAGUUCAGGACUAGAUGCGUACCAUAGUUUUUAAAUUUGUGUACAGCUGUAUUAGCAACAAUGUCUAGACGUUUCGAGGCGUUUAUAUUAUGUAUUUAAUGCCAUUAAAAGACAGUUUUAUUAUAA